AUGGCACCAACAUCUUCCCAAGAAGUGGCUGGCAGUGCUGGCUUAUCAUCUUAUAAGACAUUGUACGGCUGUUACGAAAAUCUUGUAGGAGGUCAUCUUUCUGAUGCACUGCAAGAUGUUUCUGGAGGAGUGGCUGAAACCAUAAGCGGAACAUCGGAAGCUUCUCAGAUCCUAUUCAAUAACUUGAAGGAAGCUUUCGACAAUGAGGCGCUAAUCGUUGCUGCAAUAGCGGCGAGAUCCAAGGGAGAUAUCGAAGAGGCGUUAGAGUGCGGCUUGGUCAAGGGACAUGCCUAUGCCGUCACAGCAGUAAGAUAUGUGGAACUGGAUGCCAAAACGGACGUUUUUAGCUCUAUGUUGGGAUAUCAUGGGCGGGUACGGAUGAUUCGACUUCAAAAUCCUUGGGGGGAGAAGGAGUGGAAUGGACCUUGGAGCGAUGGAAGCAUGGAAUGGGAGCAGGUUCGUUAA